ACCCCAAAAGACGUCAAAGCAAGGUUGUCUAUCACCAUUGUGGGGUUACAGCACACCAUUGCCUCGCCUGGCUUUCGUCAGCCAACUUGCAGAGUGGCCAGCCAAUCUAAACACUUAUGUACCAGGUCGAUGAAGCCCUCUACCGAUAUCGCAAAAUCCCUUUUUCUUGGCACUUCAGAUAUUCUCUUACCCUACAAUCCGACGAUACUACCAGCCCACUUUUGGCCGCAUCGGCGAGAUUCACUGCGGCCAUCCAUUGACGUACUGAGCCUAACGCUCCUCAUGGGCUCUGUAUGAAUUGCGCAAUGGCGGGCAAUUUCCGGGUGGGAUACAGCUGGGAUAAGGGCUCCCGAACAGUACACGUUUGCCAUUUAAUAUCAGUCCGCCGAGUCUGCUUCGUCGAGCAAAAAUGACUUGGAUCACCUCAGUUCCCAAUCGUUCUCAUCCUGGAGGUCUCUGGUAGAGUGACUCAAAACUUUGCAACGAUGUCAUCCGCUCUAAAAGAGUCGGUCCCGAGAGACAAGUGGUGGGAGUGGAAAUGGUUCUCACCAGACGACACGAAGGAGGAAAGACGCCUUAUCACGAAGAUUGAUCUUCUCUUGGUACCUUAUUCGGUACUCGGCUACUGGGUCAAAUAUGUUGACCAAUCCAACUUGAAUAACGCCUACGUUGCCGGCAUGAAGGAGGACCUCGGUUUCUACGGAAACGAGCUUGUUCAACUACAGACGCUGUUCACUCUUGGAUCCGUCUUGGGCCAGAUUCCGUUCUUAUUUAUCAUGACCUACGUUCCAAUCCAGUAUCUCAUCCCAAUUUGCGAUGUUCUCUGGGGCAUUUUCACGCUCCUCCAGUAUCGCGUUCACUCUUACGCAGAGCUGGCCGCCUAUAGAUUCAUGGUGGGCUGGUUUGAAGCAGCAUUCUUUCCAGCAAUGCAUUACGUAUUCGGCUCUUGGUAUCGAGGCCACGAGAUUGCUCGCCGCGGUGGUAUCUUCUAUACCGGUCUCGCUGCCGGCACAUUGACAGCCGGCCUCAUCCAAGCUGGCGCAUCAAGCUCACUCGAAGGAGUCCACGGUAUGGAAGGCUGGCGAUGGAUGUACAUCAUCUGCGCUCUCAUUACCAUCCCCGUCGGCAUCUUCGGAUUCUUCGUGAUCCCCGGCACCAUCGACCAACCCAACAGGUGGUGCGUCAACGACAAGGACAUUGAGACCGCCCGCGACCGGCUUGAGAAACACGGUCACGUCCUCCACGGCAAGAUGAAGUUUGGCCACAUCAAGCGCACCCUCCUCGGCUUCCGCUUCUGGCUCGUCAUCACGACCGACGUCCUCUUCUGGAAUGCGGGCAUCCACAAGAAUACGGGCUCCUACUUGCUCUGGAUCAAAAGUCUUGGACGAUACAGUGCGGCGCGGAUCAAUGAGUUGGGCACGAUUUCUCCCGCGCUGGGCAUCGCAUACACGCUCAUCGCAUGCUUCGCUUCGGAUAUGUUCCUUGGUCCAGCCUGGUCGAUCACAAUAUGUUCGGUUCUCAACGCCAUCGGUCUUAUCUUUUUGACGAUAUGGACUGUUCCUGAAAGCGGUCUCUGGUUUGGAUUCGCGACUAUGUAUUGGUCCAAUGCUCUAUCUUCGGUGUUCCACGGAUGGGUUAAUAACCUGCUGCGAGACAGCCCCGAGGAACGGAGCUUUACGCUGGUUCUCAUCAACUUGCUAUCGCAGAGCUCGACGGCGUGGACGCCUUUACUCACGUUCCCUACAGUGGAGUCACCGAGGUACAGGAAGGGCUUCUCGUUCUGCCUGGGAUGCGCAGUCGCGUUGAUUGUGUUCACCUGGAUCAUGCACUACUACCUGAAAAGAGACAAGAAAGACGAUACUGGAUCCACUGACGAGGAGACGAGAGUGCAAGCCAAAAGCAACUUGGAUGCCAAGGAAAACGACUCGGCUGCUCAAAAACUCGAGAGGGAGACAGGCGACGACAAGAUCACAGCGAUUUGA